GUCUUCGUUUUCUCCGCAUGACGUUUCUUGUUUUUGCUGACGACAAGUGCAGUUUCAGAAAUUGCUUUACUCAUCUCGCCGUUUUUUCGCGUACCAAAGAUAAGUGCAAGUAACUUUCGCUUCCCUUUUUGCUCCCCCGUCCGGUGUUGCACAUUGAAUGCUGCACCGUAGUUCAGAUGUGCCGCACAGUAGCAUAACUGGCAGUGCAAAUUAAUCGGCCCCGAAAUCUGUCCGACCCUCCCAACGGGUACGCGUCCUUUGUUUUGUGGGGCGAAAAGCGCCGCUGCUGAUAGUCAAAAGGCCCCCACAGAACGGUAACGACGAGAGCCAUUGUUGCUUGAGGUCUUAGUGAUAGUCGUGACGCGACCGCAAAGAAGGAUAAAGAAAGACUCUGCCGUGUGGAAAGCGAUUGUGCCGCUAUACCGACCCGGGACCACUCCCGUUCAAAAGCAGCGCGAGCAGCAGCAGCAAAAUGGACACCAACGGUACCUUGGAGCAUGAUGGAGAGACGGAGCAAACGCAAAAACAACAGCCAGCCUUCGACAAUGUUGAUAUCACGUCGCCGGACGACGAAAACGAGAACGAUAUCUUCGAGUCGGCGAUACAGCAGGAACCACUAUCGCCCGUACUGGAGGACGUGCCGACGGACGAGGCGGGGGAUACGUUUAUCGAAAUAGUUGUUGCUGACCCGCAGAAAGUGGGCGACGGCAUGGGUUCAUAUUUGGCGUACAAGGUGUCCACAAAGACAAACAUUCUGAAGUUUAAAAAGCGACAGUUCUUCACGAUGCGCCGGUUCAGCGAUUUCCUCGGUCUGCACGAUCUGCUCGUAAGCAAGUACCUGCGCAUGGGGCGCAUCAUACCGCCCGCGCCGGAAAAGAACAUCAUCGGCACGACCAAGGUGCGGAUGGGCAGCCAGCCGCAGGCGGAAGCUGGCGCGGGCGUCAACCUGGAGUGGAUCGAGAAUCGGCGCGCCUCGCUCGAACGCUUCCUGAACCGGGUUGCCCAGCAUCCGGUCCUGUGCCAGGAUACGGACUUUGUCAACUUCCUCGAAAGCGACCAGGAGCUGCCGCGUGCCGUCAACACGGCCGCCCUGAGCGGUGCCGGCGUGAUGCGCCUCUUUAACAAGGUCGGCGAAACGGUCAACAAGAUCACGUACAAGAUGGAUGAGAACGAUCCGUGGUUUAACGACAAGAUCAGCGAGGUCGAAACGAUCGAUGCACACAUGCAGAAGCUACACUCCGCCAUCAAGGCGCUGGUGUCGCAUCGCAAGGAGCUGGCCACGCUGACCGGCGGUGUAGCGAAGUCGGCCGCACUGUUGAGCACGUGCGAGGAGCAUACCGGACUGUCGCAGGCACUGUCGCAGCUGGCGGACGUGGAGGAGAAGGUGGAACUGUUGCGCUCCGAGCAGGCCAACUCGGACCUGUACAUCCUGUCGGAGACGAUCAAGGACUACAUUGGGCUGUUCGGUGCUAUCAAGGACGUGUUUCACGAGCGGGUGAAAGUGUUCCAGAACUGGCAGCACGCCCAGAUGCAGCUGACCAAGAAGCGGGAAAACAAGGCGAAGCUCGAACUGCAGGAUCGACGCGACAAGCUGGAGUUUGCGCAGAAGGAGGUGGAAGAGUGGGAGGGCAAGGUGCAGCGGUGUCAGAAGGAGUUUGACAAUAUUUCCAGUGAAAUCAAGAAGGAGAUGGAACGCUUCGAGCUGGCUCGUGCACGCGAUUUCAAGUCGACCAUCAUCAAAUAUCUGGAAGAUCAAAUGGCACACCAGCAGCAGCAAAUGCGAUACUGGGAAGCGAUCGUACCGGUUGCCCGUGACAUUGCAUGAGAGGAACCGAACGCGUUGAAUCCGCCCAUCCUGUACGACGACGACGACGACGAAGACCGUGUUCCGACGACUGACAAACUGCGCCUCUCGAUUAAUUUAGUCGACUCCAAUGCUAGGAUAUCGUAGGACGGCACACUGCCCGGGUGUGUGUAUUGUAGCUGCGGCCGGGGAGGAUGGCGAAUAAUUUUGCGCACGGCUUCAUAAACACAACCCAGACAAAGACCUGCAGAUAGUUUGAUAGUGAUGCUGCGCUAGACGAUUGUUGUGUGGGUGAGAGUUGAUCUAAGAUUUCUUACGCCUCAUUUCACUACUCUAUCCUGCCCUCCCUCUCUGCUCUCGCGCCACAAGCCCUUUCGACUUUUAGGAAGGAAAGGGGCGAAAAGGGUUUCCUUAAGAUGCAAGCUACGCUCAUGUAUUCACUAAACAACGCGAGGCGUUGGGGGAAGGAGGGAAGGAGAAGAAAGGAUAAUAUCGAUCGACCAAAAGUGUGAUGUGUAUUUGUAAAUAAUGAUAGCGCGAGGUGUGGUACGUUCGCAAAGAAGUAAAAAACAGUAACGUGUAAUCCCAUGCAACACACCAUUCAUACAAAAUCCCCGUUUAGAAGCAGUAAAAAUUCGCUUAGGAUGCUGAAAUGUUAGUAACAAACUCACAUAGAGAGAGGCACACACACAUACAGUCACCGCAAUGGCUGAUGGCCACUAGUUAAUUAGGCUUCACAGUGUUGCUUGUACUACCCGUUCUUACACAUAUCUUCCCCCGUUACACAUAGUUAAACAUCCCGCGGCACCCGGAACACUCACGCAGACACCUUUGUUGCCUUUCUGUUUAGAUAUUGGUUUAGUGCAUUUGUUACACGUUUUGGUACGUAACUCAGAAACACACACACACACACACAACUAUGUAUGUAAAUAUGUUUGUUUUGAAACAGUCACGUCACGUGUACUGCCUCCAAAGUGUCCAAGAGAAUGUUUCAACAAAAAAAAAGGGAUACACAUGUGGGUACCAAAAUUCUCGAAUAAGCUAACAAUCGGGCACAGUGUGGGUCAGUAAGAAAGCCCAAACUUGGUUAAACAUUAGAGAUUCCUCUUCUAAUAAUUGUUAGUAUAUGCUAAUUUCGUGAUGUAUGUUUCAAACAUGAUCGGUUUUUUUGCAAUUCCAACCCAUUUGAAGGGCGGUGUGAGAUUUUUUUUUCGUUCCAAAAUUGCCUACACAUUCGUUAAGUUUUGUUUUUAUAUCAAUGCCCUAUGCAUAGAUAGUAGCUUCUCGCU